UAUAAAUACGACCUACCAAAAUCAAAAUCUCAAGUAGCGAUGUGGACAGGGAGAAAGAGAGGUGGACGAAAUGUCCUUCUCUUACCACUUGUCACCCGCCUCAAUCACCUCUGCGCCACCGUUCAGACCCUCCGCCACAGCGCCGACGACAAGACAAUCUUGACUUUCACGAAGCAUACGAUGUCCAAGGCUGCGAUACUGGCCAAAACAGGGGAGUUCAGGGGAGUUCAAGGGAGUACUUUUCCUCGGACGCGGUGGAGUGUUUUCCUGGUGUGGCGAAGAAAUCUGGUGACUUCAACAGACAACAGCUGCGUGCUGGCUUUGUGGAAUGCGUUGCUAGUAUCCCUCAUCAAAAGCAUGGCAUUGAUGAAAGUCGAUCCUGUGUUCUGUGAAGAGGAUCAUGAAGCAGGAAUGGAAUGGGUUUCUACAAGAUCAUACCCACUAAGAGGAAUAUCCAGAACAUAUGGUGGUUCCAAUGGCCGAAAUGGUGGUGAAUAUAGUGUAGAAGGUGCUGAAGAAUUACCAGAUGGCACCGGUGAUGGAGCAGGGGAAAGAGUAGUACUUGCAGACUGCUUGUGCACGGUUCGUCCAUUCUUGUCCCAAGAUUCCAGAUCCAAGAAAAGAAAAACAGAGAGAACAGGGUGGGUGGUGAUUCAAGAGCCCGAAAUCAUUAACGGAACGGAGUUUCUGCUAGAUCUUGAGGAUGAAGAAGAGGAAGAAGAAGAAGAAAUGGGUUUGGAUGAAGGUGUUGAAGAUAAAGAGAGCAUCAGGCCAUCGUUGAAGAGAAAUACAGCAGUUCUUGAUGAAGGAAAGCGGAAACCCGUGUCAGAGAUCAAUAUGUCAUACUCCGGUGCCGGACCUGAAUUCCUGCAGCCUCUUCGAUCCAAACCUACUCGUUACCUUAGAGCAGGCGGUGAAGGAGAAUAUGAGAAUGAGUGAAGCAGAGAGGCAGGCAAGAAUUGAGCAAGAGAAACUGGAACGGAGUGGAAUGCAAUGCAAGAAUAGAGAAAGUAGACGAGCCCAUGUCCUACAUGCAAUGAGAAUGGUCCGUUUGAUUGUCUACCCUUACUGUUGCUAAAAAGGAUAACGAAAGAGAGUAAUUUUGUGUUCUGAUUUCAUAUUGGAAAUUUGGAACAACUGAUUUUUUUCCUCUUACUUUUUUGUUGACUGGAUGCUAUAAAUUCUUCCAAUUCUA